CGCCCAGACUUUACUAUGAGAACAGGUUGGUACAGAAGAGAAUUCAGUUAUCCAUAACUCCGCGUCAGACGUGUGUUCUGUCUCCUCUCAACUGAAGCAAUGAUGCUCGCGUACCUGGUGCUGCUGGUUGCGCUUUCCUUACCUGGAUAUCUGGAUGCACUUCAUGGAUUAUACGCCUUCGACCAGCCCGAGCUCUUUCAGAAAAAGAGCAACUGCAAACCCAUACCUGCAAACCUGCUCCUGUGCCAUGACAUCGAGUACACGGACAUGCGUCUGCCUAACCUCCUCGGACACGAAACCAUGAAUGAGGUUCUGCAACAGGCUUCCUCCUGGACCCCUCUGGUGCAGAAACAGUGUCAUCCGGACACCAAGAAGUUUCUCUGCUCUCUUUUCGCACCGGUGUGUCUGGAUGAUCUGGACGAGCCGAUUCAGCCGUGCAGGUCGCUGUGUGAGAGCGUGGAGAGCGGCUGCGCUCCAGUGAUGGCCGCGUUUGGGUUUCCUUGGCCGGACAUGCUGGACUGCAAUCGCUUCCCUCUGGAUAAUGACCUGUGUAUACCACCUGCUGGCGCAGAUGCUUUAGUGCCAGUCACCAAGGAAGUUCCAAGAGUGUGUGAUGCCUGCAAAGAAAAGCCUGAGAAUGACAAUGAAAUUUUGGACAGCCUGUGCAAAAAUGACUUUGCUUUAAAGAUCAAAGUCAAGGAGAUCUCCUACAUGAAUGGCGACACCAAAAUCAUUCCAGAAAUCAAGAGCAAGACUAUCUACAAGAUGAAUGGUGGUGUUACUGAUCGUGACUUCAGGAAGAUGGUGCUUUGGCUGAAAGAUGGUCUUCAGUGUGUGUGUGAUGAAAUGAAUGACAUCAAUGCCGCUUAUCUGGUGAUGGGCCAGAAGAUGGAUGGAAAUUUGGUCAUCACGUCAUUGAAGCGCUGGCAGAAGGGUCAGCGGGAGUUUAAGAGAAUUUCUCGUAGUAUUCGCAAGCUUCAGUGCUUGGAUUGUCCACUGCUCAGAGCACUCAAAUGGUCUUUAAAAUGAAGACCUGUAACAGUCACACCAUAUGUAAAUGCAAAGGUUCAUUUAAAACCCUAAUGUCUGCUUUUCCUGGCCAGUCAGAGCUCAGGAUUGGUGGAGCUGUCACUUGUAACCGCCAAAAAGCACCUAACCUAGAUUUAGCACAGUUACAACUUUUCAUUUUCCCUCAUAAGUUUUGUCAGUUAACAGCACCUGUCAUUUUUAAUAUUCACAAAACUCAUUCCUCUCUUCUAACAUUUUUGACCAUAGAGCCUCAAAACUGCCACAGAACAAUUUUCUGACAGAUGUUUUGGCAUAAAAUCUUCUAGCAUAAAAUUUAUAUAUAUGGACACCCCUUCUAGGCCCUUAACGAGUUCUGCCAUUAUUUCCAGUGAAAACAAGUUUAAAAAGGAUCUCACCCAAAAAGGAGAAUUAUAUUGUCAUUUACUCACCCUCAUGUCAUUCCAAAUGCACAAAACGUC